AAGCGCUAGACGCGCCACGCGACCCGCGCGAUCCACUGGCCGGCGCGUCGUUUUCCGAACCAAUCUUCCUUGACCGCCGCAAUCCGCUCGACGAGCUUGAGGCAGCGCUGGCAGGAUGGUGCCGCGAUAAGGGGCUGCCCUUUUCCCAGCUCGUGUUCAAGGUGGACACGCGCCUUGCAGGCAUUCCACCUACCCCGCUACCCCAACAACCCCUGCUCACCGACUACGAGGACAUGCUCAUGGAGCAGCUUCUGCAUGUGCAAGGUGGUGAUUUUGACACCCGCGAUGCACCGAGUGACCGCACCCUUCUGCGAUCGCUAUAUGGGCGGUAUCGGGCUAUGCCGAACAGCCUCACCGACGAUCAGAUGGCGCUUGUGUACGCCGCAUUGUGUACGAGUCGCUUCGCUCAGAUCCGUGUCGCCAUCAGCGAGGGUGAGAAUCUCACGCUUACGGAUGAGAGCCGUGAGGAUAUCACCUACUACCACAAAGCGUACAAUGCGCUCGCUAGCUGGAGUAGGCCCAGCCUAGUUGCUUUGUGGGCUCUAUUCUAUCUCAUUCCCUUCUCGAUCGGCAUGGGUGGACCCGCCGAAACUAAGGAUCUUCUACAGCAGAUGGCUUGGCAAGUCAAGGAGCUCGGCCUGCAUCGCCGCGAGACAGCCAGUCUGUACCAGCCCCACGACCAAGUCGGCGCCCUGUUCUCGGCCUUUUUCUACACCGAGAUGUGGGUCGGCUCAAGACUCUGCUAACGACAGGUUCCGUAGUUCACUGGUGGAUCUGCGCCCUGCGAUACCCUUCAAUGAGAUUGAUGUGGAUCCGACACCUCCCGUUACCAUGUUUCCCGAAUGCCUCGCCCGAUCAUCCUUCUACACCGCCAAGCUGCUGGCUGACUACGGAGAUCCGC